CCGUGCGUGCGUGUGGCUGCGUUACGUCGCGUGAGGUAGCUCCGGCCAGGGUCGCCUCGGCGUUUCUCUCCCCGCCCCAUAGUCAUGGCGGCGGAGCAGGAGGCCUUGAAGGGCGGCGGAGGCGGAGGCGGCGGCAACAGCGUCCGCAACCGGGGAGGCGUCCAGCGCGUCGAGGGGAAACUCCGCGCCAGCGUGGAGAAGGGAGACUACUACGAGGCGCACCAGAUGUACCGGACUCUCUUCUUCAGAGCCACCCAUCCCAAGCUGACCUUUGUUUUUUCCCAUGUCACUUUUCUUCUAGAGCAGAACUAUUGUGAAUCUCGCUAUCACUUCCUGCACUCGAUGGACGGGGAAGGUUGCGCAAAUAUGUUGGUAGAAUAUUCCUCCGCCAAGGGAUAUCGCAGCGAAGUGGACAUGUUUGUGGCUCAAGCUGUGUUGCAAUUCCUCUGCUUGAAAAACAAAACCAGCGCCUUAGUGGUUUUCACGACGUACACGGAGAAAAUGAUGCAAAACCUUCACCAUGUCUGCAUCGGCCAUGACCAAGUUGUCCUUGAAGGUGGUUAG